AUGAAGUGGGAGUUUGCUCUUCUUCUAAAUCUUGCUUUCGUCUCCGCCACCCACCAUGGUUCUGGACGUGGUCACCGCAAGGGCUGUCUCGACAGCGCUGUAUCCUCCAAAGGAAUGAAGAUCGUUGACGGGGUGAACACGACCGCCUCCCGCACCAGCACCGAGGGUUACAAUUUCCUGACGAACCAGACGGAGCAGUACCUCGUCACAUCCCUUCCUGAGGUUUCAUUCGAGUUUGGAGAGCUCUACUCUGGCAGUAUCUCUAUGGACGCCGACAACAGCACCAACAACUCAAGCCUCUUCUUCAUGUUCAAGCCCGCUAGCACUGCGGUCGAUGAGGUUGUAGUGUACCUCAAUGGCGGUCCCGGGUGCUCCAGCCUUACCGCCUUCAUGCAAGAGAACGGACCCAUCUCGUGGCAGCCUGGCACCUUCGCUCCCGUACAGAACCCCUAUGGCUGGUCCAACUUGACCAACAUGUUGUGGGUUGACCAACCGGUCGGCACAGGCUUCUCGCAAGGUCCCAUCACAGCCACCUCCCAGGAGGAGAUUGCGGCCGACUUUGUGCGGUGGUUCAAGAACUGGCAACGCGCCUUUGGCAUCUCAAACUACAAGAUUUACCUCGCGGGCGAGUCGUAUGCCGGACGCUAUGUUCCGUACAUUGGUUCGGCCAUGUUGGAUGCCAAUGAUGCGGCGUAUUUCGACUUGAAGGGCUCUCUCCUCUACUCGCCCACCAUCGGAUCCUUCAUGUACGCCCAAGAGCAGAUCGUGGCGUAUCCAUUCAUUGCGUCCCACAACAACCUCUUCAACUUCAACCAGACGCAGAUGGCCACCAUGGAAAGCAUGCAUUUGGGGUGUGGAUACCAGAACUUCACAGACACGUAUCUCACUUUCCCGCCUCCAGGGUACCAGCUUGAACUGGUAUGGAAUUCUACGGCCAUGCAGAGCUGUGCGCCAUGGAAUUACGCAUCUGCCAACGUCUUCAACAUCAACCCGUGCUUCAACCCGUACGCAAUCAACCUCAUGUGUCCACUCCUCUACAACCCCACCGGCACGGCACACUCGACUGGACAGACUACGGCAGGUCAAACCCCAUACUUUGACCGCAGUGAUGUCAAAGCCGCUAUCCACGCUCCCAACAUCACCUGGGAGGCAUGUGCUCCUCGCUCCGUGUUUGUGGGAUCUGGUGGUCCCGAGAACAAGGGUGACACCAGCGCCGACCCGAUUCAGAGCGUGCUACCGCGUGUGAUUGAGGCAACGAACCGUGUCCUUGUCGGCACCGGCACCUUUGGUAAGCUGAACUUAGUGGAGUCGGGACUGACCACCCCCAACUCAGACUUUGUGGUCAUCAGCAACGGCACGCUCCUUGCCAUCCAGAACAUGACAUGGGGCGGCGAGCUUGGGUUUCAAACAGCGCCGAACGCCACUUUUACGGUUGAAAUGGAGGACCUCAUGUAUGUCGACAACUUUGCCGCUGCGGGGCUCGUUGGGUGGGACGGUGCGCAGGGACGCAUGGGCACGUACCACUACGAACGUGGCCUCAUGUUUGUCGAGACCAUGCAGGCUGGCCACAUGGUUGCCCAGUUCCAGCCUCGUGCUGCGUUCAAACACCUCCAGUGGGUUCUUGGCAGAAUUGACACUUUCUGA